GCUAUCUCCCUCAUUUUAUACUUCAACAGCAGCUAGAGAUCGCGCGCAGAGCAGGAUGGCGGCCGAGAAGCAGCGGGAGACCACGGGGAAGAAGCGGGGGCCCGGCGCGGCGGCGCCGGCCGCGAUGCCGCGGUCCCCGACGGACAAGCCUCCCUUCACGCUGGCGGAGAUCAGGAGCGCCGUGCCGCCGCACUGCUUCCGGCGCUCGCUCCUCCGGUCCUCCGCCUACCUGCUCCGCGACCUCGCCGUCGCCGGGUGCCUCCUGUGGCUCGCGCUGGCGGGCAUCCCGGCGCUCCCGCCGGCGCUCCGCCUCGCCGCCUGGCCGCUCUACUGGGUGCUGCAGGGCAGCGUGCUGUUCGGCGUCUGGGUGAUCGCGCACGAGUGCGGGCACGGCGCCUUCUCCGAGCACCCGCGCCUCAACGACGCGCUCGGCCUGCUCCUCCACUCGGCGCUCCUGGCGCCCUACUUCUCCUGGAAGUACAGCCACCUCCGCCACCACGCCAACACGGGCUCCCUCGACCGCGACGAGGUCUACGUGCCCCGCCGCAAGGCCGACCUGCCGCCGUACACCGAGCGCGUCUACGGCGCCGAGGACCGCCCGGGCGCGCGGCUGGCGCUGCUCGCCGUGCAGCUCACCGUGGGGUGGCCCAUGUACCUGGCGUUCAACACCUGGGGCCGCGCAUACCCGCGCUGGGCCUCCCACCUCGACCCCUGCGCGCCCAUCUUCGCCGGCCGCCGGGAGCGCGCCGGCGUCGCGCUCUCCGACGCCGGCCUCCUGGCCGCCGCGCUCGCGCUCCACCGCCUCGCGGCGGCAAACGGCGGCGCCUGGUGGCUGGCGCGCAUCUACGGCGCGCCGCUGCUGGUGAUGAACGCGUGGCUGGUGCUCGUCACCUACCUGCACCACACCCAUGCGGCGCUGCCGCGCUACGCCGGCGCCGAGUGGGACUGGCUCCGCGGCGCGCUCACCACCGUCGACCGCGACUACGGCGUGCUCGGGCGGCUCUUCUUCCACAACAUCGCCGACACGCACGUCGCGCACCACCUCUUCCCUGCCAUCCCGCACUACUACGCCGUGGAGGCCACCCGCGCCAUCCGCCCCGUGCUCGGCGAGUACUACCGCUUUGACCCCACGCCCUUCGCCGAGGCGGCGUGGCGGGAGGUCAAGGAGUGCAUCUACGUCGAGCCCGACGAGGACGGACGCAAGACCGGCGUCUUCUGGUACAGCAACAAGUUCUAGAUGGCUGCCGCAGAGAUCACCAGCGGAACGGGACGAAUAAUGCCGUGGAGCGCCAAAUGUUUUCAGAUGCAAAAUAAUAAAUGUUGAUCAGUUCAAUUCGCUUUGUU